AUGCCCAAAAUGGCCCAAGUCAACGGCGACCUCCCGAGCGUGAACUCGGUUGCUAUCCAGCAUCUCUUGGACUAUCCGGCUGUGCAUGAUAGCGUCGUCACCUUCAGGAACAACCCUGUCGGCAAGAAGUCCCUGGCCUUCAGCGAAUCUGCUUACAAGACCUUCGCCGAGCCCUUUCUGCCUCUCUUCGCUCGCCCCUGGAACUACCUCCGCCCGUAUGCCGAGAAGGCAGACAACCUCGGCGACCAGGCCCUGUCAGCUGUUGACGAGCGCUUCCCUGUCGUCAAGAAGCCUACCGAGGAGCUCUAUGCUGGCGCUAGGGGCAUCAUCGCCCUUCCCUUCCGCACGGGUUUCGAGGCCAAGGACCACGUCCUCAAGACAUACAGCCAAGAGAAGAAGAAGACCGGCAACGACAAUGUCGUCGCUCUCGGCAAGGCCGUCGUUAGCACCGUCCUCAUCUCUACCAGCGAGCUCAUCAUGUGGGUUGGCGACGUUAUCCACCACAAGAAGGAGGAGACCAAGGAGGUCGCCAACGAGAAGAUCAACAACUAA